AUGGCAGUCGAAUACAGCAAGAAAACCAACGCGGAGUUGGUCGAGAUCCUCAAAUCGCGUGGUCUCAGCCAUACGGGGAAGAAGGCAGAUAUGGUCGCGCGACUCCAGGAGGCUGAUAAAUCCGCUGCUGCACCUGCUCAGCCUGCAGCCGCGGCCGAAGACGUUAUCGAUUGGGAUGAUGAUGCGGCUGACGCUGCUCCUGCGGCUACCAAGGAGGCUCCCGCGAACCCGGCCGUCGCUGUGCCUGAACAGAAAGUCGUUGCUGAACCGACUGCUGCGCAGGAUGCGAAUGUCGUGAAAUCAGAUGAGAAGACGGCGCCUGCGGCUGCGACUGCGACUGCUGAGACGGGUGCUGCGGGAGGGGAGGCUGCUGGGAAACAAGCGACAAACGGCGCCGACGACAAAGCUGCUACCGAGGAGAAGGCUGCGAAGAAGCCUGCUGUGGAUUAUACUAGAGGCCUUGCAACUACGGAUCUCGACGCCGAACUUGCGAAACGUAAAGCCCGUGCCGCGAAGUUUGGGAUUGCCGAUGAACCCGCGGUGACCGAGUCGCAGAAGGCACUUGAGAGAGCCAAGAGGUUCGGAACAGAGGGCACCGAUGCGGCUGCCAAAGUGAAAGGGUUGGAUGAACCUUUGUCUACGGAGCGACCAAGGAAGCGAGGACGUGCUGAUGAAGGAGAGAGUGGACGAGGCAAGCGUAGAAACUUCCCUGGUCGAGGCAGAGGCAGAGGGCCACGCAGAGGCGGAAACAGGAACGCCGGCAACAGCAACAACAACAACAGUGGCGGCAGCAAGAUGAGCGACGCGGACCGUGCCGCGAUGGAGAAGAGAAAAGAACGCUUUGCCGCCAAAUAG